CUGUGACCUCCUGAUACGAUAGAAGGAUAUUGCUGCACUGAGUCCCGGUUUACUUGCAGAGAAAAAGCGCCAAAAAAGCAGGUCCAAUCAUCAUGGAAACGACAGGACUCGGGUAUCCCACCGAAGAUCAGAGCUACUUUGAUGGGUCUCCAACCUGGGUUCCCCAGGUUGACUGCGACAGCAAAGCAAGCAAUGCUCAAGACCAGAUUGAACAAGACAACCUGAAUAACUCUGGUGAGGAACCCUUAAUGUGUAAGGAGUAUAUAGGAACCCAGAUCGAACACUAUUCUACUGUAAAUAAAACCGCCAUGGAUAGUCAUCUGGUUAAAACCCAUGGUGAGAAAGCCUACAAGUGUGACCAGUGUGACUAUUUUUCAUCAAAGAAAUUCAAUUUAGACCAGCAUAAAACAAAACACACCGGUGAGAAGCCCUAUGAGUGCGAGGAGUGCGGGUAUAGGACAGCUCGAAAAUCUGCUUUGUUUCUACAUAUGAGAAUUCUACAUAUGAGAACCCACACUGGAGAAAUACCCUACAAGUGUGACCAGUGUGACUAUUCUGCAGCACAGAAAGGUACUUUGGACAUCCAUAAAUCAGAAAAACACAGCGAUGACAGUGGUGAGAAAUCCUACAAUAGUUUCAUUAGAUUCAUCAUGGAAACGACAGGACAAGGGUCUCCCACCGAAGAUAAGAACUGCUAUGCUAGGUAUCCAACUGGGGUUCCCCAGGCUGACUGCUUUGGGUCUCCCACUGAAGAUCACAACUGCUAUGGUGGAUCUCCAACCGGAGUUCCCCAAGUUGAUUGCUUUGGGUCUCCCACCGAAGAUCACAACUGCUAUGGUGGGUCCCCAACCAGGGUAUGGCAGGUUAACUGUGAAAGCAAAGUCAUUAAAGCUGAAGACCAGAACAUGGAACAAGUCAAGUCGAACAACACUGGUGAGGAACCCUACAUGUGUGAGCAGCCGACCUUAGCUAAGCUUCUGGGAAUCCAUAUCGGAGAAAGACCUUUUAAGUGUGACCAGUGUGACUUUUCUUCUAUGAAUAAAAUCGCUUUGGAUACACAUCUUGUGGAAAAACAUGGUGAGAAACCCUACAUGUGUGGGGAGUGUGGGUUCAGAACAGCUCACAGAUCAAGUUUGUCUCAACAUAUGAAAACCCAUACAGGAAGAAAACCCUACAAGUGUGACCAGUGUGACUAUUCUGCAGCACUUAAAGGCAACGUGGAUAUCCAUAUAGCAAAACACACCGGUGAGAAUCCCUACAAGUGUGACCAGUGCGAUUUUGCUGCAAUAACGAAAUCCCACAUUGACUACCAUAUAGCAGCAAAGCACAGUGGUGAGAAACCCUACAUGUGUGUUGAGUGCGGGUAUAUGACAGCUCGAAAGUCUAGGCUAUCACAACAUAUGAGAACCCAUACAGGUGAUAAACCCUACAAGUGUGACCAGUGUGACUAUUCUGCAGCAGAUAAAUCCAAUUUGAACAAACAUUUAGCAAGGCAUACCGGCGAUACCGGCGACAAGCCCUACAUGUGUGGGGAGUGUGGUCACAGGACAGCUCAAAAGGCUGACUUGGCGAAACAUAUGAGAACCCAUACAGGUGACAAACCCUACAAGUGUCACAUGUGUGACUAUUCUGCAGCGCGGAAAUUCAGUUUGGACAACCAUAUGGCAGCAAGGCACGCUAGUGAGAAACCCUACCUGUGUAAGGAGUGCGGGUUCAGGACAACUCAGAAAUCUACUUUGCGUCGACAUAUGAGAACCCACACUGGAGAAAAACCCUACAAGUGUGAUCAGUGCGACUAUUCUGCUGCAGUGAAAGUCAACUUGGACUACCAUGUAGCAUCAAAACACAGUGGUCAGAAACCCUGGAGAAUGUGGGUACAGGACAGCUAUAAAGUCUAACCGUUCUAAACACAUGAAAACCCAUAUUGGAAAAUGAACAAACAAAUGUAUUAAACCAGCACGACAUUUUUUUAAAAUCAUCUUUCGACGUAGAAAAACAAGUGUCAUCAGUGUCACUGCGAUGUGGACGCCUUGUGGCUGAUUACUGAUCAGAGACAAAAACUGAUGAUGGCUUUGCGGAGAGUUCGGAUACAGGAUAAGUGACAGUUUUGCCCUCUGCGGGUCUUCUUGACAUUAUUAGUGCUCCUCACUUGACUAUUGUCAGACUAAUAGAAGCGUCGUGGACCUGAAAUAUGAUAUUGCAUGUCGGCUUAAGGAGAGUCUGAAUACAGGAUAAGUAACAGUUCGACCCUAUGCGGCCCUUCCUGAAUUUAGGGGCUAUUGUAAGACGCUCACCCUAAGAGAAGCCAUGUGAUCCUCCAUGUAAAACUUGGCUUAAUGAUUCUAAACUUCUCAUGUUUAUGAAUCGAAAGUCCUCUGAUAGAAUUAUAGAAUGACUUGAUAGUUUCUCAUAGAUAUAGAUAUAUAAUAUGAAUAUAAUUAUGUAUAAUAUGGAGAAUCUGGAUUCAGGAUUAGUGACAGUUCGACCCCGUGAGGCCCUUCCGGAAGUUAAGGGUAUCUGACUUGUGGGACUCUCACGGAGAGAAGCCGUGGGGACUUGAAAGGUGAUCCUGCAUCUGAAACUUAGCUUGAUUACUUCUCACGUUGGUGAGAGUCCAUUGUAUAAGAAUUAUAGAAUGACUUGGUAGUUGCUCAUAGAAUAAGAUGAUUUAUGUUUUCAAAUAGGUUAUUGUUUGUACAAAGCAAGUUAAGGCAUAGAAUUGGUUUUGUUACUUUGUUAUAUACCUAACAUUUUCUUUAAGAAAUAAUAUUUUGUCUACUUACUUUGAGUAUAUACUGUUUUAGAGAAUGUCUAACAUGUAUUGAAUACCAGCAAAAAACAAUAAGCGACAAAAAGCAGUGGUUACGGUAAAAUGAUUUUUACUGCUGUUUGUCAUCUAACCUGCAAUGUGAUCGAGUAUUAAUGAAGGAAUGAAGUGCACACUGUGGUAGAAAUGUGUAACAGUAGAUAUGUAGUUUUAUAGGAUCGUUUUUGAAACUUUAUCAUUUUCUGAUAAUUCCUGUUUAAUAUAAUGUUUAGAAAACUUUACAUGUGAGUUUGUACGAUUUAAUUCGUACCCUCUGAUCAAUGUAUUACUAUGUUAGUCCAUCAUGGUAUGCUCCAUAAAGCUGUGUGAGAAUUGAGGAGUAACACAACUUCUGGCACCACCCGUGGAAUGUCCACCCCACUGUCUGUAGUACUAACGCAAUAAAAUACAAGUUUUAGCAGCA